CAGUGAGGGAAGAGAGGCACCGACAAUCUUCUUAGCUGCUAUCAGGAUAUGUUGGAGGGUCUUCCUGCAGGACGUGGAGCAGGUGCUGUACCACAUGGUGAUGCUGCUGGUCAGGACGCCCUCCAUGGUGCCUCUGUACAAGGUGAAACUGAGAUAUUUUGCUCCUCUGAGCCGGUAGUAUCAUUCUGCGGCUCCAGCAUCGUUCUACAGUGUCACCUCGAGCCCCAGCAGGAUGCAACAGACAACACAGUGAAAUGGACUCAGCAGAGUGAUGUUGUACACAUUCGUAAAGGUGGAAAAGACGUUCCUGGAGAACAAAUGGAGAGGUUUGAAGGACCCACGUCUCUGUUCUCUGAAGGUCUCCAUAAAGGAAAUCUGUCGCUCCAACUUUCCUCUUUAAAACUCUCCGACUCUGGAAGAUACAAGUGCUCCUUUCAGGUCGGCUCAGUGGAGAAGAGUUGUUACGUUGGUCUCAUUGUUGGACAGUCUGAAGUGAUCGUCUCACCUGAUCCAGUUACAGCAGAGUCGGGUCAGGAUGUGGUUCUACCAUGCCACCUGGAUCCUCCGUUUGAUGUAACAUCUCUGACUGUGGAGUGGAGACGGAACAAAACUACGGUGCACUUAUAUCGAAAUCUUGGCGACUAUAAAGAUCCUCAAGAUCAGAGGUUCAAAGGCAGAACUUCUCUCUUCCAUGAUGAAAUGAAUCAUGGAAACAUUUCUCUCAAACUAAGUACAGUAACUGAAGAAGAUGCAGGAAUUUACACCUGUUUUGUUCCUAAACUCAACUGUCAGGUGAAAAAAGAAAACAUCGUUCUGAGAGUUGUGUUGAAGGAUGAAGAUCCAAACAAAAAAAGUUCAGAUUUUUGUUUGAAAUCAAAGAAUGAGCUGAAAAUUUGA